AUGUCCUCCCACGAAGACGACGGCCCUUCCCCCCUUACGAGAAUCGCUCAAUUGGAGUCCCUCGUAGAGCAAUUACGAAUGGCCCCUCGCCAGCGCAAAUGCGUCCUUCCUGAUCCCGAUAAGUUCAACGGUACGGUUCAGCGGUGGGAUACUUGGCUCCCUUCAAUCAAGGCCAAGCUUCUUGUCGACGGUGAAGCUCUUGGCGGACCCACUGCGCAGUUCUACUACGUUUACUUCAAUAUGGAACCCGGUCCCCAAGCAAUGGUUUUGACUCAAUUGGCCUCAGCUCAAGACUCCGGCAAUUGGGACUACAAUACUCUUCUGGAUCAGCUCGCUCUCGCUUACGACAAUCCAAACAAAAUUCAAGAAGCUAAAGAUAAGCUGCUUGCUUGCAAGCAAGGUACGGACGCUCUCCAUAUCUACGUCUCACGCUUCGAACGACUUUUGCACGCUGCUCGCUGUCAGACCUGGCCCGACGCUAAUAAGAUUAUUGCGUUCCGCAAUGGUCUAAACUCAACUAUACGGACCCGUCUGAAUGGCCAAUUGACUCUCCCAACUACGUAUACUGAAUACGUGCACGUCACUCAGCAGCUUGGACGCUCUUCCGGCUCUUCCGGCCCUUCCGGCCCGUCCCACGGAUUUUCUCGACCUUCGGCACCUUCGGCCCCUCUUCAAAACCGCCCUCGCACGUCAACGGGCCCUUCCCCCGGCGACCCAAUGGACCUUUCAGCAGUCGAACGCGCUCAACAACUCGAGCAAUUGCAGCACGCCAACGAGCUCGGCGCUAUAAAGCUUAUCGACGCUCACGAGGCUGACCAAACUCAGCUGUUGGAAGAACGAUACCCCACUCUCCAGCAUGCUCCUCACAGCACUCUUGAUCAGCGCGAAGCUUAG